AGUGGUGGGUGAGAUGGUCUCAUGAUUAGCUUUCUUAAAUUAAUGUUGGUUAAGAAAAACUUAAAAGUUUCGUGCGAUGUAGUAGUAGCUGGGGGUUGUGGUGGCUACUACUACCACUUGUCUCUAUCCACUGACCACUGAUGACACUUGAUUAUUGAUCGGUACAAAACAACACUAGUCAUUAAUGUUUACAGUGAUAGGGUCCAUCCAGCAAACACAGUCGUCGUAUCACACUCUCAAACCACUAACAUAACCACCAAACCGGGCUAUUUGUACCCAACUGUCAAAGAUAUAUAAUUUCAACUAUCUAUAUUGAAUAUUGGUAUAUAAUAGCCAAAAAAAGAAAAGAAAAGAAAAGAAAAGAAAAGAUGGAUGAGCCUUUGCUUGAGAGGACAGCAUCGGAAAUCGUGAAUGGUAAUAUCAAUAACCACGUGUCGGCGGAGGAGGGUAUAAUAAAUGAAGACUAUUCACCGGCGAGGGGAUUUAAAGAGUUGAAAACAGUGUUUUGGUUGGAGAGUUUGAAGUUAUGGAGAAUCGCUGGUCCGGCAGUAGUAACCAUUAUGUGUCAGUAUGGUACAAACUCGGCCACCAGCAUCUUUGUUGGACAUCUCGGCGAUAUUCAACUCUCUGCCAUUUCUAUUUCUCUUGGCGUCGUUGGUACCUUCUCUUUCGGCUUCAUGCUUGGUAUGGGGAGUGCACUGGAGACCCUAUGUGGACAAGCAUUUGGGGCUGGACAAGUUCAUAUGCUUGGGAUUUACAUGCAACGAUCAUGGAUAAUAUUAUUUAGUUUUUGCAUUUUACUCACUCCAAUCUACAUUUUUGCCGGACCAAUUCUCAAACUGCUCGGCCAAAACGAUGAAAUAGCAGAUUUGGCUGGACAGUUCUCCAUUCAAAUCAUUCCUCAGUUGUUCUCUCUGGCCUUCAAUUUCCCAGCACAGAAAUUCCUUCAAUCCCAGUCCAAGUUCGACGUCCUCGCAUGGAUUUCAUUUCUGGCCUUAAUCGCUCACAUUGGCCUCCUCUGGCUCUUCAUUUACGUCCUUUCAUUGGGAACAAUGGGUGCAGCCAUAGCUUUUAAUAUCACUAGAUGGGGCCUUUGCUUGGCUCAAAUUGUGUAUAUUAUGCGUUGGUGUAAUGAGGGUUGGACUGGGUUUUCCUGGUUGGCCUUUAAGGAUCUAUGGGCCUUUCUUAAGCUUUCCUUUGCCUCUGCUUUAAUGCUUUGCUUAGAGAUUUGGUACAUAAUGAGCAUUUACCUUCUUACUGGAAGUUUAGACAAUGCAGUUAUUGCUGUUGGCUCACUCUCUAUUUGCCUCAAUCUUAACGGGUGGGAAGGAAUUUUAUUCGUUGGAGUAAACGCUGCAAUAAGUGUACGUGUCUCCAAUGAGCUUGGUAGGAAACGUCCAAGAGCAGCCAAAUACUCAGUAUACGUGACCUUGUUUCAAGCUUUACUAAUAGGACUCUUCUUCAUGAUCGUUGUCUUGGUAGCCAGACAAUACCUGGCUUUAAUUUACACAAACGACGCCGCUUUGAGGAAAUCAGUCUCCCAUCUUGCUUACCUCCUCGGCUUCACAAUGCUUCUCAACAGUGUCCAGCAAGUAAUUUCAGGAGUGGCCAUUGGAGGUGGAUGGCAAUCCACAGUAGCCUAUGUAAACUUGGGUAGUUACUACAUUUUUGGCCUGCCUCUUGGAUAUGUUCUGGGUCACUAUGCAGGGUUUGGAGUUAUGGGACUUUGGGGUGGAAUGAUAAUCGGAAUUGCACUACAGACCUUAAUUCUGUCAAUCAUACUAUACAGGACCAACUGGACAAAGGAGGUGGAACAAUCGACUGAACGCGUGAGAGAGUGGGGAGGUGAAGACACAAACAAUAAGGCUACUCAAGAUCAAAUAUGAUUUAUUUCUUAGUUUUUUACAUUUAACUUUUAACUUUUUUUUUCUUCCCUAAAUUGAAUUAGUGAUCACAUUUUCGUUCAAAUUGUAAUCUGAAUGAUUUUUUCCUUUAAUAAGUAAUUUUGGCCAUUGAACUUA